AUCUGCGUGACAGCUGGCGACACGUUGGCCGCUUUUAUGCAAAUGUGAACAUUACGGUUCUUGAAUGUACGAUGCACAAGUUUGUUGUCGUCUAUUAUUACUAUUGACGUUCGACACGUCGACGAAUGCAUGCCGUCGAGCCGGCUUUGCGUUAUCUCGAUUUCUUUCUUACUACGAGAGUUUUUAGAUAUAUAACUUGCAAAAGAUGAGGAUUGUACAGUUUAGAAGAAAUCGCUUGUUUCAUAUACUCAUUGGCAGUACAUUGAUGUUGCUACUUUUAUACAUUCUUUUUAGUUUCUCUUCGGACAAUCAUGUGAACAAUAUAAAAGAAUGGGCACAAGGUCUUACACAGAAACAGGUACCAGUGUUUGUAGAAGGUUUAGGAAAUUACGAGCCACGCGAUGUACCAGUUAGAUCUGGUCCUGGAGAAAAUGGUAAACCACAUAUUUUAAGGGACGAUCAAUUAAAUGACGUUCAACAAUCAGAAUCUGAUUAUGGCAUGAACAUGGUGUGUUCUGAUGAAAUCUCAUUGUCAAGAUCGAUCCCAGAUACUAGGCCAGCAGAAUGUAAACAUUGGAAUUAUCCAGAAGAAUUACCACGCACUAGUGUCAUUAUAGUUUUCCAUAAUGAGGGCUGGUCAGUUUUAUUACGAACAAUUCAUAGUGUUAUUAAUCGCACUCCAUCAAAAUUUUUAGAGGAGAUCCUUCUUGUUGAUGACUUCUCUGAUAAAGAAAAUUUAAAGGGUGACCUAGAUUCCUAUAUUGAACAAUGGAAUGGAAAAGUUAGAUUACUUAGAAACUAUGAGAGACAAGGUUUAAUACGGACACGAUCUCGAGGAGCGCGUGAUGCCAAGGGUGAAGUAAUAGUAUUUUUAGAUGCUCAUUGUGAAGUCAAUGUCAAUUGGUUGCCACCACUCUUAGCACCAAUUGCUGAAAAUAGGAAUGUAAUGACAGUUCCUGUGAUAGAUGGCAUUGAUCAUAAAACAUUUGAGUACCGUCCUGUGUAUCAAGAAGGUCACUUGUACAGAGGAAUUUUCGAGUGGGGCAUGUUAUACAAAGAGAACGAAUUACCCAGACGGGAAGCCAAAACACGUGCAUAUGACAGUAUGCCGUACAGAUCACCUACACACGCUGGUGGUUUAUUUGCCAUAAAUCGACAAUACUUUUUGUCACUGGGUGGAUACGACGAGGGAUUACUCGUUUGGGGAGGGGAAAACUUUGAACUGUCAUUCAAGAUAUGGCAGUGUGGCGGAAGUAUUUUGUGGGUACCGUGCUCACAUGUAGGACAUGUUUACCGAGGAUUUAUGCCUUAUACGUUUGGUAAACUUGCUCAAAAGAAAAAAGGACCGUUGAUAACUAUCAAUUAUAAACGAGUUAUAGAAACAUGGUUCGACGAGAAACAUAAGGAAUUUUUUUAUACCAGAGAACCAUUGGCUCGAUUGCUCGAUCACGGCGAUAUAUCCGAGCAAUUGGCCUUCAAAGAACGAAAGAAAUGUAAAAACUUUCAAUGGUACAUGGAUAAUGUGGCCUAUGAUGUAUUGGACAAAUUUCCAGAAUUGCCACCAAAUAUACAUUGGGGAGAGUUGCGAAAUGUGGCAACUGGAUCAUGUUUGGAUACUAUGGGUCAUGCACCACCAAGUCUUAUGGCUACUUCCCACUGUCAUGGCUUUGGAAACAAUCAGCUUAUACGGUUGAAUGCGAAAGGUCAAUUGGGUAUUGGUGAAAGAUGUGUUGAAGCAGAUGGUCAAGGUAUAAAAUACGCAUUUUGUCGUUUAGGAACUGCAGAUGGUCCAUGGCAAUAUGAUGAAAAAACAAAAACUCUGUUACAUAGAGUACAUAAAAAGUGUAUGGCACUUCAUCCCCAAACUCAACAGUUAUCUCUAAUGCUAUGCGACAUAAACAAUACUUAUCAGCAAUGGAAUUUUCAUCAAAUCCAUCCACGAUGGUAAUAUAAAACAGAAAAAUUUAUAAAAUCUGUUUUGCUUAUCAAAAUGUGAUUGUACAUUGUUCGAUAAGUUGUGCACAGAUUUUUGCAAAGAGUGUGCAAUUUAUAUUUUUAGUAAUAUAUAAUGCAGGAUGAUUUGACAUAUGUUUGCUGACAUUGUUUACUAAUUUAUUAUACAUAUGUUAGAGAGUGAUAUACAUAAAUAAC